AUGGCGGGCCAAACGCGGCGAAGACUCCCAGAUCUCCGGGCAAACGUCAACCGAACUUUGGAAGAGGACCAACUUCGCCUUGGGGUGAAAAACACCUUCAUUGACUUCCCCGAGGAAUCCGAGUCGCCCUCAUUCAAAAGCUGCGACGGACGCAUUGAAUCCAACGGCGCCGAGAACGAGAACAUCACCGACCAGGAGAAUGAUCCAGCCGCAGAUGCAAGCGCGCUUUCGUCGGAGAGUGAAGCACGUGUCUUACGUCUGGAAGAGGCUGUCGCGACAGCCAACGCGCUGAUCCAGCGCUGGCAGGGCGAAUUGGCUGCGAGCCAGGCGACGAAUGCACAUCAGGCCGGGCAGCUGGAGUCGGCUCUCCGGCAGCGUGACGAGGCGCUGCAGCAGCUCCAGUGGCAUGCCAAGGCAUUGCAGCAGAGCCAGUGGCAGGUCCAGGCCUGCCUUCGGCAGAUCGAGCAGCUCCACAGCGAGCGACCCAAGGCUCACAUGGCAACGAUCGCUGGAGCCUCCCAGGCCUCCGUUCCUGGACCGAUGCAUCCGCAGGGUGUGGGAGUCUCCAUGGCACCGCCUGGAGACAGCGAACUCCGAAGGUAUUCAGCGGGGGAUGACACUCUCCCAACCUCCUCGGCCGCAUCGAGCUCGGAGCAAACUGUGGCACGCGGCUGCCAGGGCCCGCGCCCUUCGGCUCCAAGCUCUGUUCGCAAGAAUCCAUUCGCUGAGGAGAAGUGGACAAAGAGCGACUUCGCGGAUCUUCUCUUCACAAUCACGGAGGAGCAGUUCAAAGAAGACCGGAGAGAGUUGUUGCUUUCCAGACUCCCCGACAAGAUCAAAAAGCGCGGAAUCGAGGGCACAUGGAAGCAGGCAUGCUACUACUUUGGAGUUGUGGCGGGGAACAAGCAGAAGGGCCUCCAGAUGAAGGACCUGGUGGCAGACGUGCUCGAGGGCGACACUAGAGUUGUUUUCACAGAUCAUGCCGACUACCCAUCCUUAUCUCUCAGGCGAGCCCCAGCUCGUCAACGGCAAGUUCCACAGAUGCAACAGUGA